CAACCGCAGAGUUUCGGGGUCACGAGGUUGAUGAGGUCGCCUUGACGCACAAUGAUGCGCGCGCAACGCUAAGCUAUGUGUUUGUGUUGAUGUUUUUCGCAUGAAAGGUGAAUGUGGAAGACAAAUGCGUGUAUAUGUGACGCUAUGAGGUGAACUUUGGAAACUUGAGGGGUUCCAAGGACCAUGAACGGUACCCUCGGAGGUCCAAAGAGAACUGCGAUAUGCCGCUAUUUUGCCACUGGUGGAACUUGUUUUUACGGCUCGGAAUGUCAAUUUCUUCACAGUUCUCCAGCGUCCUCCGAUCAGCCGCCCGUGAUGGUUCGGACUCCCGAAGGUAACGACCGGUUCCCCCACUCAGAAUUUGAGAAGAGCACAAAAUUGCCAAAAAUGCGGGGCAGACUAAGACGGGAGGGGACCACAAGUCCACCUUUGGACCCACUCUUUCAGGCCUUCUCUCCACCUUCAAACCUUCCUGCCGAGUCCAAACUGAAAACCUACAUGAAUGCCGCAGCACGCACAAUCUCCCCCACCCCCAUGGACAAGGUGAAGAUGUUUGCAUCCUCAAACAGCAUUUCACCGUGCCAACUAUCAAACGCACUUGCUUCCCUGGCACUGGACUCUGCAAGACAGCAGACGCCGAACCCGACGGCGGCAGAGUUUGUCCCGAUGAACAGCAUGGUGGCUCAGCAACAGGGGCACCUCACGCACAGCGUCAGCUCUCCGUCUUUUUCGCAGUUCUCGGCAGGUGGAUCUCCGUACAGUCGCCUCGGGCAGGCCGAGAGCAGCUUGACACGAGGCAGCACAGUCGUGAGCCCGGGUCUUUCUCCAGACGGCUCUCCGUUGGUGAGCAGACGUAGCCAUUCUCCCCUGACUUCUUGCCUCGGACAACGGGAAGGCUUCCCUCCUGCUACUGUUUACCAGGAAUCCUUAGGCGGCACGACAUACUUCUAUCACCAUGACGAAAGCAACAACUCAACGGAAGAGGGCCAGAGCUGCGCAGCGGAGUAUCACAUGUACCCUGGCAACCCUGCCCAUGUCGAGCACAUGGAGCCCAAGGCCAAUGCCCCAUCUUUCUUCAUGUCGGACGAGCUCAGAUUGGACAUACUUCAUCGACAAAGCCUGACCCUGGCGCAACGGAAUACACAAGCUGACUUGCUGUCGGAAGUGGACAACUAUCACAACCUGUGUCCCCUGGAAGCAUCGUCUGGUGGACUGACCAAGCCCAAUACCUUUGGCUAUGUCAUGUCCGUCUACAAGGCAACCAACGUGAAGAACGGCAUCCAUUACUGCCUCCGGAGGGUGCACGGCUUCCGCCUCAGCAGCGCAAAGUGUAUGGCUGUAGUGGACGUGUGGAAGAAGCUUCAACACUCGAACCUGGUGCACCUGAGGGAAGUGUUUACAACGAAGGCCUUCGGAGACCACUCCAUCGUGUUUGUGUACGACUACCAUGCGGGGGCAGAGACGCUGAUGAACCAGUUUUUUGGCCAGACAUCCGCAGCAACAGUGAACGGGUUGUGUCCGACAGUCUUCCCGGCGACCCCCAACGGCAUCACGCAACACAAAGCCGGUUUGAGCACGCUUCGGCAGCACGCGGGGCUCCUGCCCGAGAGUCUCAUCUGGGCGUUUGUGGUGCAGCUGAGCUCAGUGCUCCGCACAAUCCACGCGGCGGGUCUGGCGUGUCGCUCUUUCGAGCCCACCAAGAUUCUGGUCACUGGCAAGUCCCGUCUGCGGCUGAACUGCUGCGGCAUCGCUGACGUGCUCACGUACGACUCUGCGCUUCCAAAUGCGAAAGCUCUGGUGCCACACUACCAGCAAGAGGAUUUGGUUUCUCUGGGCAAGUUGGUGCUGGCCCUGGCCUGCAACACGAUGGCAGCCAUCCAGAGGGACAACGUCCAGCAGUCCAUGGAGCUGGUGGCGCGCAACUAUUCCGCCGACCUUCGAAACCUCAUCCUUUACUUGCUGUCAUCACGAACACGUAGCAUCAACGACAUCAUGCCCAUGAUCGGAGCGCGGUUCUACACGCAGCUGAAUGCCGCGCAGAUGCGGAGCGACGUAAUAGAGAAUGAGUUGGCAAAGGAAGUUGACAACGGAAGGCUAUUUCGACUGGUCGUCAAGCUGGGCAGCAUCAGCGAAAGGCCAGAGUUUCACAUGGAUUCAUCGUGGUCGGAGACAGGUGACCGCUACAUGCUGAAGCUCUUCCGGGACUACCUUUUCCACCAAGUAACCAAGGAAGGAAAGCCUUGGAUAGACUUGGCACAUGUGGUGCAGGCCCUGAAUAAGCUGGACGCCGGAGUGCCAGAAAAAAUCUGCCUCAUGUCCCGUGACGAGCAAAACGUCCUCGUGGUCAGCUACGCGGAGCUGAAGCAGUGCCUCGAGUCGUCGUUCAACGAAUUGCUCGCAUCCAGCAGCACAACAGCCCCGUCACCACGGUGAUCGCACGUUGCAACAGUGCUCGUUGACAGGUCUGGAAUGACACCCCCUAAUGUGGCUGGGUGAGGAUCCUCUUCCUUUUUUUGUCACGGGAUUCUUGAGGAAUGGCCACGUGCAUUGUCCAACACAUGUGUAAACUACGUCCUUUGCCACCGCCCCUGAAAGCACAAAAUUUAACUCCAGAAUACCCGUGCUCUGAUGGCUCACUUAAGCGCAUUUUUCUGUAUUUUUACGGCAGGCCAAAAAAGAAGUUACGCCUAUGGGUCAGCAAGUUAGGGUCACUAAUAUCGAUGUAAGAACCAUCUCAUUUUCGGUCUCGUCUCAUGCCGGACCUGUUUCUGGUACCGAGUGUCUUUCUUGAAGACCCUGUGUCCCUUAAAAGGUGUUGUUCCUUGUAAGACCUGUCCUUUGUGAGAGAAGUCUUCAGUAAGGCUUGUCCUGUGUUGGGAUACAUUGCUUAACUUUUCGUUAACACGUCCGUCUUCAUCACCAACGAGUGAUCGCUCGCUUCUCAAAGGCUGAGGUCUUGUUUAGUUUUCCCCCAUCUUUCUCAGGACACAUACUCCUUGGUGCUGACAACAAAGGACAAGCCUCACACAGGACACGGCAUACUGAUCCUAGCAGACGUUGAUGAACAAACCGCCGAGUGUUUCCAAAGAAUGUUCCCUUGACAGUUAUUUUGGAGAAACCGCAGGCACCUGCGGAGGUCUGCAUUUGUUUGAAGUGAUCCGCGUCUGAGAAGAGCGUCUGCCUUCCUCUUCCAUUCUGCAAUUGUAGCCAAUUGUAGCCAAUCCCCUGUCAGCCUCAUCGGGAGUCUCGGUAUGGGCCGUUCUCCUUUCAAAGCCGUGCGCAAGGUAUUCCUACAGGGCUGCUUCCAACGCAAAGCUGUAGUAAAAUAUUGAGGUAUUAUUGAAAGAAAAUCGUCCGGCUAGAAGGUUAGUGGUAGGAGCGCCGUGUGUCAUACAUACCAGCUCGAUGAUGUAAUCGACAGGUCGUCGUGACGAGAUAAAAGGUCCGUUGGAGUGCAGAUUUCUGCAGCAGUUAGCCACAACUGCAAAGCCUCUUUAUCAUGGAGACUGGAGAAAUUUUAAACCACGUGUUAGAUGACAAGAAAGAAUGAGAAACUUAUACACACAAGUCAGCAUAUGUACGUCUGUUUGCGACAAAGGCUCCGACGUAGAAAAAAAAUUUUUUUUCGUUGUCCCAUAACUGUUCCCUGAUACUAGUCCCUACUCCGUUCUCAGCAGGGGCUCUUCACUGUGUGGCUUGGAACGUGUGUGUUAAAAAAUUUAGCCAAACGAAAUUCAAUUCUGUUGGUUUCUCUUUCCUGCAAAUGAGCGCCUAAAGCUCGUCUUCACCAUGCUUAACGCUCAUUCGCAGCCACGCGUUGUCAAUGAAAACUCUCUUUUCUUUUUCUUUUUUUGUUACCAAAUGAAUUAGGACGUAAAUAUGACGCGGGUUAUUUCUCUGCCAUGGAUUUUCAAUUUACAUACGUAAUACUGUCACCCCCACCUGUUCGAUUACAAAUUUUUGCUUGUUAUGAUACGAUGCUUCGGAGGAUUGUCAUUCGUAGCAAAUUAUCAUUCGUGACAAUUUAUCGGUUGAUAACAUCCAAGGUAUGGGUGAGUCUCAAAAUGAAUGUCAUACAGUAUAUGGGACGUAUGGAACGAAUUGGAACGAAUGGUAGAAUUCUGCCAUGUGACAGUUGUCAUUUGAUUUUUGAGCCUUUUUACGUUCGCUGUACUGUCCUUCAACGUGACAUCUAAUACCUGCCAACCCUGUAUGCUUUUAUAAGUAAGUAGACUUUCAAUCGGGACAAUUCACCACGAGCUGUGACAUGCUACAGAAAGUCUGUUCGGGACAUGAAAGCAUCUUUUUAUUCUCCACGAGGGGCUUUCCAACUGCCAUUUUCAUGCCAAGUACAAAAGGGUCGUACACCCCCCUCCUGUUGCAUCUUGAGGAAAAUUGUUUGAGUGACAUAUGCUCUGUGUGUGCAGGAUACAUCAGAGACAACCCCCUCCUGGUAACUGUUUGGAAAACAUAACUCAGUUUUAGGAGACUGUGUGUACUUGUGCUGACUUCCACAUCCUAGGUGCUUACGCAUCCCCAGCUACGAAAAAGCAUGUGCGUAUCUGUGGCAGUAUUGUCAACAUGGGUGAUAUGAAGGGCAGUGCUUGAAGCCGGCAACAUAUACGUAACCCUUCAUGCAUGUACAUGUGCCGACACAUUGGGUACCACGUUUCCAGGACACCACGAGACAAAGUGUUUUGUACGGUGUCAAAAUUUGGCUCCUCAGAAUUGUGUAACAUGAAAUUGCUGGUGGCAGCAUUGUUUCUGUGAAACGGGAUCACAAGGCGAAGAAUUUUGUGCCAAGGUUCUCAAUCGGAGACGUGUGAAUUUCUGCAGUUCCUGCAAGUCAGGUUUCCAACCCUCUUGCCACUGACCCGUGUAAUCUCGAUGGCACUUUCGGGACACUUUUUCGGGACACGGCACUCGCAUACGUUGGAAGAGCGUUGAAAUUGCGUGCGUAAGAUUUGUUAGGUUAUGCUUGAGAAGAAUGGAAGGAGUGGCCCCUUGGGUUCGCCCCUUCUCUGUCUUCGGAACGACCAACAACGCGUCUUUGUGUGGUUGAGGAAAAAAAAAAAAAAAAACGAGAUACGUUACGUUGUCACGCCGCGUACAAACCGCACCAAAUGCGUGAGGCUGUUACAAAAUGCACAAGAGGUAGAUUAUUACUACCAUGGACUUGCUUUUUCUAUUGGGUACCUGAGCAUUGGGUGCAGGUAAAGAAGGCCCUGCUUUUUCUUGCAAGGACUUAUCGUUUUUUAUGUAGGCUCGAAAGUGCCAGAAGCUGUAAUGGUGCUGCCUUUUUUUUUUUUUUGACAAUCUUUUGUUGGUAGUUUUUAGUUUUGAUAUUGAGCAAAUGUCGGUGGAUGAGCGAGAUGAGCGUGACAUUCCACCCAUUGUUGUUUUCUGUGAUGGAAAGCUACGGAAGUUUCUGUUUUAAGAAAAAAAAAUAUUUUGAAGCUGCUGUUCGCGCACGAAUAAUUUCUUCUAUACUACGGACUGGAACAGUCGGAAACAGCCCUGUUACGAUUAAUACUAACAUGUGUGAUUUUUCUACAGUGAAUGAAAACAUACUCAGUUUGGAAUUCUUUACCCGUUGGGGUGACAGGCUGUGUUGGGCUAAAUGUUGGGAAUCCGUUUUGCUGUAGUCCCGAACAGCAAUAUAGAACGCAGCCCCUUUUAUGUUUUGUCCCGCAUUUUUCAAUAUUCUUCAUCCUGUAUCACGUGUGAGCUGUACGAGCAUACAUUCCACAGUUUUGUGUGUGUCUGUGAGUUCUGCAAUCAAGCUGGAAACAUUUUAGUAUUGUGUCUUCUGAGAAUUUUUCAUCCGACGAACAUCCCUGUUUGGGAGAACAAAUGAUCUCAGGGGUCUUUUUUUGGAAUCUAAAGCAGGAAUGAAAUGUUGGUACACCCUUGGAUGUGGUCGUAUUUUUUACGUACCCCUCUCGUGAAUGUAAUUUUUUUUUCUUUCUUUUCAUUUUUUUUGGUGGUAUUUACACGAUGUUGGUAGGCUUAGAAAUGAGGGCUGCCAUGUGUUGUUCCAACUGUCAAGGAUCAUUGCAUGCAUGAAGAAUCAUCUUCCCUCAAAUCGAGUGAUUGCAUCAUGAGCAUUGGGGCUUUGUCUGUACACACUUGUCAUUCUUCAGACCUUCAUGUGUAAAUAUCUGAUGUGUGCGACACAUUUUGUACAGUUUCUGUAAAAGCUAUUUUUAUUGGGAAAUAAACUUUUAAGAAUUACGGUUA